AUGGCCAAAAGCCAUGUGAAGCCUGCCGGUGGUACAGAAAGCCCGAGCAGUGUUCCUAUCCAGACCGUCAAGAGUCUCAGAGCUCUCCAAGGUACAUCGUGCUGCGUCAUUCUUGUAUCCCCAAGGGCAAUUCUCUAUAGCCUAAGUACUGACCGAGUCUAUGGAAAUAGCCAGCCUACAACUCAGUCGGACAAGGCAACAGCGGCUUCUAAUGACUAUCGAAGUACACUGGCACGACUGUUCCCUGAUAAGUCCCCGGAACACAUUGCGCAUCUAUCUAGGGAAGAGCUCUUGGCUUUGAUGUCAAUGGAUGCCCCUCAGUACUCGCAUCCGCAGGACUCUCCUGCCAACAAUCCUUCUAUCGGGACCAAAGCAUCAACCAUGUCGAUGGAGCGUCCUGAUUUGGAGUCUCUACAUUCCAUCCCCGUCGAAACCCUAGAAGAAAGUCAAAGUUCCGGCGCCUCAGAUUCAAUCGGUCAUAUUUCAGACGAUGUGAACGCCUUGUCAUUGACCAAUCGCAAUCCGACAUCAUAUCUUGGCGUGUCAUCCAUUCAGGCCGCACUCAAGGUCAUCGCGUGGCUGCAUCCUGAAUUUGAAACAUACUUCUCACUCGCCUCCAGCAAGCAGGAAAGCCAACAGAGUGAGGGUCCAACCCAAAAUUUGGCUCCAGCUGUAUCCUGCCCUCCUCCGACUGAAAUAGAUAUGUUGAAUGCAUAUUUUACGGAUUUUCAUCCGUUUGCGCCGCUAUUAGACGAGGAAAGCUUUCGCCAAACUUAUGUCAGCGGUCAAAGAAGAGACAAUCGCUGGCUAUCACUUUUGAAUAUCGUGCUCGCCUUGGGGAAUAUUGCGGCAUCCGGAUCCGGUGCAGACAAUCAGAUGCACCAUACAUACUUCCAACGGGCCAUGAGUCAACUGAAUUUGAGCUCGUUGGGGACACCAAGUUUGGAAGUCGCGCAGGCGUUGGGUCUCAUGGGUGGCUGGUACUGUCACUACAUCAGUCAACCAAACCUGGGAUACUCUUUGAUGGGUGCGGCCUUGCGCAUGGCGAUGACGUUGGGUCUACAGCGGGAACCGUAUGACAAUCAAGUAUCUGUCAAUCCGUCACGAUCCUUUGCACAAGAGGCAAAGCGUCGUAUAUGGUGGUCCCUCUGUUGUCUCGAGGUUUGGGGUCUGGAGACACUUGGCCGCCCAAGCAUGGAUUGCUUUGGCCCUGGAAUCACCGUGAAACUUCCGAGUCUUUUGGACAAGGAAAAUUACACCAAAAUUCUUGCUCUGACGGAGAAUGUCCAAUUCGUGCGAAUCGCCUCAAAGAUACAUGCCUUGCUUGCUUCGCUGCCCACAAUCAAAUAUGCAGAAAUAUUUGACAUCGACUCACAGCUAGUUCAGUGGUGGAACAAUCUGCCACCGAUUCUCAAAGACUACGAGCCGUGCCCAAAGAACAUCUACACCGUCCGCACCGUCAUGCGAUGGCGAUUUUUCAACCAGCGCAUGCUCUUAUACCGACCGACGCUUCUCAACUACGCCAUACGAAGGAUUCCAUUCAUGGCCAUUCGGGCCGAGGAGCGUGCUGCAAUUGAAAGGUGUCAUGACAUUGCAAAGUCCUCAAUUCAGGAUAUUUCAAUCACGUCUCCGAUGAACAAUAUGAUUGGCUGGAACGCGGUCUGGCUACUUUUCCAGGCCACCAUGGUGCCCUUGGUCUGUCUCUCUCUGAGCUCGGCACACGAGGUCUCUCCCGGACUCUCUGAUGACUGCAAGGCGCAAGUUGAAACCGCAAUUUUGACUCUGGACCGGUUGAAACCGUACGGACACACUGCCGAUCGGUCACGGGAAGUCAUUUCGCGUAUUCUCGAGGCCAAUUUACAAAAUCAAGGCGGGGAGCCAUUCGAUGCCAGCGCCAGUCAGAUUGGUGCGCAGGAUUUCCCAUUCAUGAAUGCUUUGAAUCAACCUCCGGGGGUGGGCCAGGAUUCCGUCGCCGAUCGGAUGACUGCUGGGGUUGGGAAUGGGUGGUCCGAAUCGAUGUGGGAGUAUCUCGGAUGGGAGUCGACGGAUCUCUGGCCGGAUAUUUCAAGGCUUAAUGCGCAGUCUGAGGGUAUGCCGUUCUUGGAUCCUGGUGAUACUGAGAUGUGA